CUUGGCCCGUCUUUGCAGCAAAGCGCGGCGCGUAGCGCUCCCUGCUCUACCGCGUCCCGUCUUGCGUGCAGCUUUCGACCAAUUACAGCAGUCACCAACGCUCGCUUGAGCCGUGCGCCCCGCCGCGCUGCGUACAGGACACAGCCCCAGCCUCGCUGCACAGCACGCCGUCGCGCAGCCAUGCCCCCGAAAGGAGUAGACGCGGCCGCAAGGGAAGCCAUGACCCAUAAAAUCGCCCAGCGAAUAAAAUCAAUGUUGCAGCCCGGCCAGGACCCGGUCGCCGCGGCCCGCCAGAUCGAGGCCAAAUGUUUUGACAGCGCGAAAGACGCCCAAGACUACGAGCGGAAAGUCGAGAAACGCCUCGCCAAAGCCGCCAAGGCCCUGGAAGCCUCCCAACGGCCUUCCAUGUCCGAACCGUCAGACACGGCGCCCCUCGAAAAAAAACAAGCCCUCGCGCGAAAGAGGAGUCGGGAGGACUCGGAAGUAGUCCAGGAGGCGAAGCGGCCGCGCAGUUCUGAUUCCGCGAGGGAUUUGCUGCGGGAGCACGGCGCUACGUUAGAGUGGUGGCGGGCCGCGCCUGCUGUUAUUGGUCGUAGAUUACGAGCGAUUAUUGAUGCGGCUACUGCUGCUGGAAGUGUGGGAGACGAAGCUAGGACGUGGGCCUCGGACGCGCUGCAGAAGGUCGAUAAAAUCGAGAAGCGGGCUACUUCACUACACAAACAAUUGGAGGCGCGAAGCGGGAACCUGAGUGAAUUGCCCGGGUAUUGUACGAAGCUCAAGGAGUGGAAGGCGGAUUUAGAGGCUAAAUUGGGGAAAAGGGCGCCGCAGUGGGCGCCUUCCUCGAUUGGAGAGGCUGCUGUCGAGAGCUGGUGCGACGUCGCCACGAAUGACGUGGCCGGCGCUUUAAGAGCAAGGCUAGGCGCUUGUGUGGGUGCCAUUUCCCAGGAUGCGUUGGGUGCGUACCGCGUCGAGUGCCCCCGCGACUCGUUCACCGCGACGCUGCGACUGCAAACGAGCAACGGUCAAGUCACGCGGGCCUGGGUUACAACAGUGCGCUCGGGCGAGCGGUCGCCGGCGUCUUCAUAUGAUUUCUGGCGGCGCGUCGGUGACGAGGCGACGGAGGCGGCCGACAAAUGUGUUAAAAAGGCGGGCGGCUCGACUCUGGGAACCGUCGCGCGGCUCUUGGUCGCCAUCCCUCUCUUUCGGGACGCGUUGGCGUCGACGGCGGCGGCGCGGCACAAGGCUUCCGUCGAGCGGAGCGCGCCGCGCGUGCCGGACUUUGCGAGGGCGGCUCGGUUGCUGGAGCGGGAGCGCGUGCGUGCUAGCUAA